AUGAUGCGGCCUCGUCCCUCGACCUGUGGCCGCUGCCUGACACACAAGAGACUCUUUUCAACGACACAUCACCAGGCCGAACAAUUCCAGAAUGUCCCUCCCCCACCAGAUGUCGGCUACACUCGGCUCACCAACCGCGGCCUCAUAUCCAUUACCGGAGUCGAUAGCUCAACGUUUCUCCAAGGCCUGAUCACCCAGAACAUGCUGGUUGCCAAUGAUCCGAACAAAAACAUCCGUCACACAGGUACAUAUGCUGCCUUUCUCAACUCCCAGGGCCGCGUCUUGAACGAUACUUUCAUCUACCCUCUCCCGAGCUCCGAUGGCAGUGGUAACGAGCGCGAGUGGCUGGUCGAAGUGGACAAGAAUGAAGUUCCGACUUUGAUGAAGCACCUCAAGAAACACAAGUUGCGCGCGAAAUUGAAGCUACGAGCCCUUGAGGACGGUGAGCGGACUGUUUGGUCGUCAUGGAAGAAUCGCCUAGAGCCUCGAUGGGCUGCUUAUAACCUCGAGUCCGAGACGGCGUCACCAUUCUCUCCUUCUUCGAAUGUCGUUGGGUGCAUAGAUGCUCGGGCUCCGGGAUUUGGGUCCCGUCUCGUCACUCCAGGUUCCGAUGACCUGCACAGCCAUUUACCCGAUGAGUCGCAGGUUGCUGGGUCCGAGGUCGGGUUGGGAUCAUACACGGUGCGCCGGAUACUGCAUGGUGUCGCAGAGGGCCAGAAAGAGAUUAUUCGCGAGUCAGCCCUACCGCUGGAAUGUAAUAUGGAUAUGGGACAGGCUAUUGACUUCCGCAAGGGUUGCUAUGUUGGUCAGGAGUUGACCAUCCGCACGCAUCACACCGGCGUGGUGCGGAAGCGCAUUCUACCUGUUCAACUUUACACCGGAGGCCUAUCUUCAGCUGAUGGCCCUGUGUACGAUCCCUCGGUUGAGCUUGCUCUGCCACCUCACGGAUCGAACAUCAACAAGGCUGGCGGUCGCCGGGGGCGCAGCGCUGGAAAAUUCUUGGAUGGCGUAGGCAACAUCGGUCUCGCGCUGUGUCGUCUAGAAAUGAUGACCGAUAUCGCGCUGACCAGCGAAGGAACACAAUACACUCCGGGAAGCGAGUUCAAAGUUUCAUGGACCUUGGAGACGGAGCAGCCAGCCGAGGUCAAGGUGCAGGCUUUCAUCCCACCUUGGACCAGGGAGUUUAUCAUCGCUGGUGGCGCACGCAAACCAGCUCCAAGAAAGGUUGAUCUGGAAGGUGAGCGGGCACGAUUCCUCGUUGAACAGCUCGAAGAAGAAGAAGAGGAAGCGCAGCGACAAACCUAA